CCGGGCCUGGCCGAGGCGCCCGCGGUCCCCCCGGUGCGUGUGGGGAGGAAGCGGCCCUGGAUGCUCAGCGACCGGCGGGGAUGGCCGCUCCGAUUACGCGGCAGGUCAGCGGCUGUGCGGCGACCCCAGCUCCAGCCGGCUCCGAGUGCGGGCAGCCCCUGGCGGACGCCGUGGCCGCGCUGCCGGUGCUGGACGCCGCCGGGAAGCCCGUACCGUUCGGCGCGCUGUUCCGGGAGCGCCGGGCCGUGGUGGUCUUUGUGCGGCAUUUCCUGUGUUACAUCUGCAAAGAGUAUGUGGAAGACCUGGCCAAAAUCCCCAGGAGCUUCUUACAGGAAGCAAAUGUCACCCUUAUAGUGAUUGGACAAGCAUCCUACCAUCAUAUUGAGCCUUUCUGCAAACUGACUGGAUAUUCUCAUGAAAUCUAUGUUGAUCCUGAGAGAGAAAUAUAUAAGAGAUUGGGAAUGAAAAGAGGGGAAGAAAUUGCCUCCUCAGGACAGAGCCCUCACAUAAAGUCAAACCUGCUCUGGGGAAGUCUUCGGAGCCUGUGGCGAGCAGUGAAUAGCCCUCUUUUUGAUUUCCAAGGAGACCCUACUCAGCAAGGUGGAACUCUCAUUUUAGGUCCAGGUAACAACAUCCAUUUUAUACAUCGUGAUAAGAAUAGGUUGGAUCACAAACCUAUAAACUCUGUUUUACAGCUUGUAGGGGUUCAGCAGGUGAACUUCACAAGCAGACCUUCAGUCAUCAACGUGUAAUUCAUAUGGAAAUCUGCAGCUUACAAAUGGGCACUUAAAAUGUGACCUUAACAUCCUCAUGCAGUGUCUACCAUGCUGGUUCUCUAGCCUUUGAAUGGUUAGGAAAACAUCACAAGAUCAGUACCAAGUAAACUGCAUGCAGACAGUAUCAGUUGUCAAUAAAUUUUCAAUUUUAUAGCUUCCACAGUUUUAUGCAAAGUGAAUAUAAAUGUACAAAAGACAAUGUCAAAAUUAUAGAAUGUAGUUGGGCGUCGGUGGCUCAUGCCUGUAAUCCCAGCUACUUCAGGAGACUGAAAUCUGAGGAUCGUGGUUCAAAGCCAG